AUGAGAUUGAAUGGAACUCUGAUCAGCGAACAAACAGACACCUACCAUUACAAAGCGUAUAUGGAAACUCCAUUAAACAACAACAGACAAGACGGUGAAACGAUCUUAGUUCCUCAAGGAUGGUAUAACCACAUCGAUGUGGUAAGCCAAUACACAGCUGCGAACAUCAAAAAUGAUGGUGCUCAGCGCGCAGCCCUAUCCCAGCAAAACAAAGAUACUUUAAAAGCACAGAAAGAUGCCCUAGUUCCUUUUGUAGCACAAAGAAGGCAUACGCUGAGGAUGAAACCUCAUCGAUCUUUCGAGAAGUUUUGUCCAACUGGAUUUGGGUUUCAAAACCACAGAAAAUGCCAAUCUCACAGCACGCGCAAACAAUGUGGGUGUGAUGACUUCACCAGCCAACAAUAUUGCACACACCCUCUUCAAGCAAAUCAAUUUCAGAGCCAAUGGCACCCUACUCACCGAACAAGUAGACAUGUACCAUCGUAAAGCUUUCAUACAGACGAUCCUUAAUUAUGACAGCAAUGAUGGAGAGACGAUACUCGAACCAGCUGGAUGGCGGAACGAAUUGAUUCUCCUGUAACCUACACCGCUGCAAAUGUCAAGAUGGAUGAUGCCGCGUAUACAGCUCUUUCUACAAAUCAUCAAGACAGCAUCAAGAAACAGAGAGCAGAUGCAAGAGAUUACUAUACAGGAGGAAAGAGGAGAAUCUUGAGAAUGAAACCGUUUAUAAACGCGUUUCACCAAGGAAAAUGGAUCGUCCCCAAAACUCUUUUGGAAUUGGAAUUUUAUCUGAAUCCAGCAGCUUUGUUCAUGAAUAGAGAAGCCAAUCCACCCGAUAACGAAGUCCGAGUCAACCCAGAGGAUAUUAAACUUACCUUCUUUCUCUGUCUUGUGUCCCUAAACCCAGCCGUCUACAUGAGCAUGAUGAGUAUGAUGACCAAAUCCCCAACCAAGUAUUCCAUGAUCCGUUUCCCCUAGACAAUGGGGCCACUUCUAAAGAAAUCAACCACCCAUUCGAUGGAAAGGUGCCCCAAGGAGCCAUCAUUGGUAUUCUGAAAACUACUGCAUUCAAUGGUCAAUACAACGAAGACCCCUUGGCCUUUGGAAAAUUUUGGGUGGAAUACAUCAGAAAAAUUGUGAAUGGAGAAGAAUACCCUUACGAGACUUUGGAACUCAACACGGCUAAUGGUUAAAAAUACUUGGUGGGUUAUCACCGAUUUCUGAAUGCUACUGGCUGUCUGUACAGAAAUGCAGGAAACAUGGUGCGAUUCAAAGACUGGGGUCAUGGAAAAAAUUGCACGCUGUUUGCGUUUUCCAAUGUGGCCAAUAGAAGACACGAUGAGCCGGUUCUUCUACCUAAAAAUGAAGGCUUCAUCAACAUUCACAUUAAUUGUGCAGGGCAAGCAAGUCAGAAAAAGGUGACCGUUUAUGCUGAAUAUGAAAGCAUUAUGGAAAUUGAUGGCAUUAAAGGAGCUACCACCAUGGAAGUGUGUGAUGGAGUUUGUGUGGCUUACUACAAAUCAACUCAACGCUUUAGCGGAUAGCGAUCCAGAACUCCGCAAGUACUUUGUGAGUGCUUUAGCCUGUGACGAACUACCCGAGUCGCCUGAACGUGUGAAACCGAGAGCUUACAUUGUCAAUACCCACCCUGCAGACAAACCUGGGGAACACUGGAUAGCUGUGUGGACCGAACAUGAUAGCUGUAAAAUUUUAGAUAGUUAUGGUUUAGAUUUAACCACCUAUGAAUUUCUGACACCAUUCAUUGUAUGGUUAAGCCGAUGUCCUUACGUGCGUAAAAAUACUCGAGUAUACAAUCUGUAA